AUGGAAUUCGACUUCCACUCGUACAACAAAAGGCUUCAGCAGAUAUCUGUGCCGGUUGGGGCUUUGAAGCAACCGUGGUGGCCGCGGUGGCUCGCGUACGCGGAGACGGCGGUGGAUCAGCGUGGCGGGACCCCGGAUGCUGCGAACCACCUGCAGGAAUGGGCUGAGAGGCAUGGUGCGUUCGACGAGGUGAUUUACCAAGACCACUGGAUCCCGACUGCGCCGUGGUGCAUGCAAGCGCCAUGGAAACAUUGGGGCGAUGAGAUGCGCGAGGAUAUCUAUGCUUUCAUGGCUUCUGGAAGGGUGCCGGAAAGUGUUGUGAAUGAGCUGGAAGAGAAGGCGACGGAGGAGCUGGGGGGCGCGAGGUAUGGGACGUACAUUCGUCUGCAACGGGUGAUUGCGCGCAAGCGGCAGGGUUGGAUUGCGCCAGAGGUGGUCUUCGAGCAGGAGCGGCUACGUCGGCAGCAGGAGGAGGAGCAGCAACAACAACAAUCUUUCCAAGCCAUGACCAUUUAG